UGAUACACUGCAUGUCUAAUUCAUUCAACAGAAGACACGAUGUCAGACCAGCCUCGUCAAGAAUGUUUGAGCCAACGAGCAAAACUCGCCUGUCCGGGAGUUGACUUUGCGUUGUUUGGCUACAACAGUCUGAAAGGAAACCCUCUGAGGUCAGGUCGCGAUCCCGGCUUUACCUACCCCAUCUUUGAUGCCAGUCACGUGACCACAGACUGUCAAAACAGCGCGUCGCGGGGCAUUGUUGUUUUACCGGAUGUGUCUUGUGUUACAUCCUUCAAGUCGGAGGUGGUUCGCACCCCGUACGAGUUGACCAGGCUGCUGGCUGUCACCUCGAGACUCGAUCCUGGUGGAGAUGGAUGGGGAGCCCUGUUCGCCGCCAACGAAGAUUUCCAGAAACUCUCUUUAGAACUAGAACAGAGCGUCCUAGUCGUCUCCACGGCUACCUGCAGUUUGUACCAAGUGACACAUUUGCAACGGAGACCACCUUUCCACCCGAUGUUCUUAGAGUGGAUCCUCAGGCUCAAUAGCACCCAUGAUAAGGACGUGUACCUGGAGUUCGUCAACACCUACGGCACCCACUUUGUGUCACGUGCUCGUCUGGGAGCCUCGAUAACACUCGUGCACAAAAUGGAUAACAACGUGUACUGGAGGCAAACAGAAGGUCAUGUGACAGCGGCUGCUGACUACUCAGCUGCUGCUCUACUUGGACUUUCCUCAACUCUGACCUCUGCUCAGCAGCAUGCAGCAGAUGAGUUUCGAAAUCAAGUGGAGACAAAUAUAAUCGCUGUUGGAGUCACUCCCCUUUCUGAUGAUAAAAACAUCGCCUGGAUCACCGCAGCAAGGGAAAGCCCUAUGGCCAUUAGCUAUGACUUUAUUUCUGUAGAGAACCUCUUCUCUGAAGCUUUAAUGGAUAAAGAAAGUCCUCUCCAGCGCUAUGCCAUUGACCACGUCAACAUCAAGUCCACCCUCAUGACUGUCAAAAAGGAAUAUUGUCAGACGAAAAACCUGAUAGAUGACUGUAAAGAUCUCUCUCCAGGAUGGACAUUAUUUCAGACACGGCUUCUCGGUCCCUCAAAAUACACAUCCGUUGUAUCUGUCGACCAGUGUGCGGAGGAAUGUUAUCAACUUUCGGGAUGCCUUGCUGUCAGUCUCUGUAAGGGUUGUUACGGCAACGGCACUGAAUGGAAGGACUGUCGACUGUUUAGUGCUGGCGACAUUCACAGCGCUGUAAGCGACCCUCUGUGGCAGACGGUCAUCUUGGUUAACAAACUGCAAACAUUGUUGAAGCUGCCAAACACUACAGGUGUUGUUGAUUCCAGAUCUCAGCCUGUCAACCUUACUGUGACUUCCGCUCGUGACUGCUACAAAUCUUGCUUUGAAGAUAACUCAUGCAUGGCCUUUACCUUGCAUGACAAUCCAGUGAGUGGUUUCACGUGCACACGCUACGCAGACUCGCUUCUGUCCUUAAAACAGGAAAUGGGGAUCAACUUUUAUUUCUUCUCUUCACCUUUAAAAAGUAUUGUCAAAAGUGGACAGCCGGUAAGUUUGGGUGAUUCUACCACGACAAGCGACUGGUACAAAGUAUCCUGCGUCACAGACGCCGAAUGUCCAGUGGAGAACGCGAUGUGCUUUGUAGACAGGUGUCUCUGUCUUCCGGGCUUUUUCUUCUCAACACGUGACCACACGUGCUCUGCAAAUUGUGGCACAGCCGACCUCCAAGAUACUUUUGUGGAAUACCCUGAGAGCGGAUUGAGGGGGCACAACAUGGCCAUAGAGGAUGGACUGACUUUGGAAGCAUGCACAAAGCUGUGUGCCAGUUCUGGGAGGUGUAAAACAUUUGACUUCAGAGCCAAAGGAGGGCGCUGCUUACUUCAUGACAUCACCUCACGUGACGCCCCGUCAGCGUGGUUUCCUCAGAGCAGUAGAGGAUGGACACACUACCAGAAGACCUGUCUGGAGUCUCCUUCCUCAUACCCUGGUCCCACCUGGUACGACGCCCCGUGCAACGACAACAUGGACUGUCCUGAUCCAAACAGUCGGUGUUCGUCGGGCAGAUGCUUGUGUGGUCCCGACUUCGUUUUCUCUGAAGCUGAAAUCUUGUGUCGGGCUGCAGAGUCAUGCCGAGACUGGCAGCAAACAGGAGGCAAGUCAGGUGUCUACUCCAUUCGUCUGGCAAACUACAGCGAGAGUCUGACAGUCUGGUGCGACAUGGACUCUGGUGAUGGAGGCUGGCUGGUUUUGCAGAGACGCCAGUAACGGCUCUGUUGACUUCUACAGGCAGUGGACAGAAUAUGAACAAGGGUUUGGUGACGUGUCUGGCGAGUUUUGGCUGGGAUUAUUGCCAAUUUACAAACUGACCAAAGCCACACCCCAUAAACUGCGGGUUGACCUCGGAGAGGUGACUGGAGAACAACACUUCGCUGAGUACUUGUCAUUCAGAGUCAACAGUCCGUACCAAAACUACUCACUAC